AUGGCAUUUCGUUGUUCCUCUUCAUCAGCGUCAGCACCGGCAUUCAUGUUCAACUCCAAUCUUGUUGUGAAACAAUCUUUUGCUUCAAUCUCAAUUUCCUUUAGAAACCCUGAAUAUUAUCCCACUCUUACAAUUAACUGCCGUGCAGCCAAAUCUGUCAACAAUCAGAAAAGUUCUUCUUCAAAGAAGAAGAAGAAAAAGAAAAAUCCAGUUGUUGAAUUUGACGGUUCAGAAAAUCGCAACAAGGAUUACGAAGUUUUGAGGGAAUUUCCGGUGGAUUCUGGUUUUCAAAAUGUUGGUAUAGGUUUGGAUUCGUCGCUGAAGUAUGAUGAUGAUGACAUGCUGUUGCCAAGGCCUCCCACUGGCUUCUUUGUGGACGAUGACGGCGUUGUUUCCCUCACUUCCACCGAUAGACUCGUCACGAUUAUUGAUCCUGAGAGCAACCUUCCAUUGGAGUGUUUGAGUCGGAGAGUAUUCAAAAGCUCUGAGAGGGAUGAAUGUAUGUUGGUAUCCCCGGUCGACACGCCUGUGUAUAUAUUAAAGGUCACUCUUGAUGGAGUGUCAGCGGUCAAAGACGAUGAGGUUGAAUCUGUUCUACCUGCUGCAGCUUUUGCGCUGGCCAAGAUACACAUGCAUCUUGUUAAUAGCGGGUACGUCUACACUGCACGUGGCGGUUUUUGCUACACAGAACAAGAUAUACUUGAAUUUUACACAGACGAUGGUGAAGACAUCGAAGGCUUGCCAACUGAUGGUGUAGAAAUUACAUAUUUUGAGUUGGAAGGUACCACCUACCUAAUUUAUACAACAUCUAAGCCACUUCAAUUUGUUCUUGUGAAGGGUGAGAAUGGACUCUUUCAAUUGGCUGCUGAUGAGUUACUGGAUGAUUAUGCUGUAAUUGAUGCCAUAGACGAGGAGUGUGAGUUUAAUGCAUUAGUGGUAGAAGAAGCUGCAUUUAUUGAAGCAAUGCUGGAUGAUAGUGAAAAUGAUAGUGAAAAUGAUAGUGAAAAUGAAAUCUAA